AUGGGACAGGGCAAGAAGGAAGCAAACAGGUCGCAGACUGAGAAGGACAAGGUGGGCAUCAAGCGUGUCAAGGGAGAGAACUUCUAUCGCGAUGCGAAAAAAAUGAAGCAGGUCAACAUCCUGCGAGGAGGUCAUGCGACGCGUGACGCACAGGGAAACAUCACGCAGGCAGCUCUCUUUCAGUCAAGAGAAAAGCCGAAGGCGAGGAUCGAGCCAAACCGCAAGUGGUUUGGCAACACGCGAGUCAUUGCACAAAAUGCGCUGGCUCAGUUCCGCGAGAAUCUCGGUGCAAAGGUCAACGAUCCAUAUUCUGUCCUGCUUCAGCGCAAUAAGCUCCCUAUGUCACUGCUUAAGACGUCCGACAAGAUUCCGCGAAUGCAAGUUGUUGAGAAUGAGUCUUAUAGCAGCACUUUCGGGCCAAAAGCGCAGCGCAAGAGACCGAAGAUCAACGUGGGCAAUAUGAGCGAACUUGCAGAGACUACAACAGAGCUGGACGCAAAGUUCAAGGAGCGGCUUGAAAGCGAAGCUCAUUUGCAAACCGAGCCCACAGACUACAUUCAAGAAGCCCGUGAAGCAGUCUUCUUCAAAGGUCAAUCGCGUCGAAUCUGGAAUGAGCUCUACAAAGUCAUUGACAGUUCAGAUGUCAUAAUACACGUUCUGGACGCUCGAGACCCUGCUGGAACAAGGUGUAAAAGUGUCGAACAAUAUCUCAAGAACGAUGCACCACACAAGCAUCUUAUCUACGUUCUUAACAAGACCGAUCUUGUACCAACAUGGGCUGCGGCCGAGUGGGUCAAAGAGCUUUCCAAGGAUUACCCGACGCUGGCGUUCCAUGCAUCCGUAACGAAUUCAUUUGGCAAAGGCAGCUUGAUUCAGCUCUUGCGACAAUUUUCUAUCCUACACAAGGACAAGAAGCAAAUAUCUGUCGGCCUUAUUGGUUAUCCAAAUACGGGCAAGUCGAGUAUCAUCAAUACCCUGGUCAACAGUAAGGACGCAGUCAAGGUUGCGCCGAUCCCCGGUGAGACCAAAAUCUGGCAAUAUGUGCGAUUGACACGCAAAAUCUAUCUGAUUGACUGUCCUGGUGUGUGUCCACCAAAUCCCGAGGAUACAGAAACCGAUAUCCUGCUUCGGGGUGUAGUUCGCGUUGAACGUGUGACCAACCCAGAGCAACACAUUCAAGCGGUGCUCGAUCGAUGCAAGCCGCAUCACCUAGAACGCACAUACGAUAUUCGUGGAUGGGAGAAUGAUCCUAACCGCUUCUUGGAACUCUUGGCUCGGAAGGGCGGCAAAUUGCUCAAAGGAGGCGAAGUGGAUGAGACAGCCGUUGCGAAGAUGGUGCUGAACGACUUUAUGAGAGGCAAGAUCCCAUGGUUCUGUCCAUUGCGCGGCGACAAUCACAAGGGAGAGACGAGCGGAGAGGCGCGGCUACGUGGACGUUUGGGCGAGUUGCGUAUGAAGCGCGAGCGGCCCGAAGACGUGGAGCAGGCGGCAGAGGAUGAUGCAGCAGCUGCCAUCGCCGAAAAUGUACAAGAUGACGGAUUUGCCAAAAUCAUCUGA